AUGCGCCUCCUCACAACCCUAGCCCUCGCGGCAACAUCAGCAUCCGCCGCCUCCCUAACUCUCUCGAUCCCCUCCUCCCAAGCCUUGCCCAACCCCUACACUCUCCCGCCCUCAACCCACGCGACGCUCUCCUCCCUCGGCGCCACCUUCUCCGCGCCCCUGUCGGUCAAAAACACCUUCGUCUUCCACAACCUCACCGACAGCAGCGACUCCUACCUCGUCGACGUCCACUGCGCGACCCACGCUUUCGCGCCGCUGCGGCUCGACGUCGAUGCCGAGGGCGGGGUCGCGGCGUGGGAGACGUACCGCGGCAACGACUGGGAUAACAAGGGCGAGGCGUACGUGUCCAAGGACUUUGAGGGCGGUGGGAAGGGGUUCGAGGUUAGGGUGUUGGGGCAGAAGAAUUAUUUUGUUGAGAGGAGCAAGUUCUCCAUCCUCACUAUCCUCAAGAACCCCAUGAUCCUCCUCGGCCUCAUCAGCAUGGGCAUCUUCCUCGGCAUGCCCUACCUCAUGGACAACAUGGACCCCGAAAUGCGCGCCGAAUUCGAAGAACGCCAAAAGAGCAACCCGAUGAACUCCCUCCUCGGCGGCGGCGGCGGAGGCGGCGACGCGAACCCCAUGGCCAACUUUGACAUGGCGGGCUUCCUUGCCGGUACCGGCAGCAGCAGCAAGAAGGAAGAAUCCUCCGGUUCCGGGUCCGGUGCCUUGAGUGGCGGUGGUGCCGGUGGUAAGAAGGAGAAGGGCGUGCGGAGGUGA